GUCCAGCCCGUCCCAUACAGCUGGUUCGGAUUCAGGGCGAGAAACGAAACCUUCCGAAGUCAUUCCGAUCUCGCUACUCCGCCGACGAUAUACGAAUACCGCACAUAAAUGCAAAUAUUACGUGCUUGUUAUUUAUACGAGUUGCAAAAAAGGGAUUUCAUUUAACCGAGUGAGCAGGUGGAAUGCUACGGAGUACAGUGGACCUAGAUGUUAAUCCCUUUUUUCGCUUUUCGUGGGUGGGGUGGGCCAGGAAAUCUAAUCAAUCAGAUAAUCUUAUCAGUCCCAUCGGCGAAAUUUACACUGGCUUCAGGCCACUUCAACGUCUCAUCCCUAGCUACUUUUCUUGUUUGGCAAGGUUCAUCGUGUGGGACAGAACAACCUCAGUUGUGUUUCCCCCAACAAGUGGGCUGAUCUUUCGCAGGUAAACAGAUGCGUGCCUUUCUAUAAUAAUACCCCAACCCGGCGGUGCCAAUCUGCUGGGAACGGUGUCUUCACCUAUUUGAACAAAGUCCUCUUAAAUUUUGGUAUUCCCUACUGAUUUUCUUCCCUUCCCUUAGAAUCUUCUCCUCUUUUGUAUUAUCCUUCUCCCCUCUUUGAGCCUCCCUGUAUCAUUUACUCCCCUCACGUCCGCUACCAACGUCACCAUUGUCUUCUCAAUGGAGACAGUACUCAAGAACGACAAUUCCCACGGCCGGGAAGCGGCUAUCAUGCAAGAGAACAGCAAUGCGGGGAGUAGUUCGAAUGGGGGAUUUCAACAUGAUAUAAUCUGUGUUGGGUUCGGGCCUGCAGCCCUCGCCAUAGCAAUUGCUAUGCGGGACCGCGGGAUUGAGCGUCGCGUGCUAUUCUUGGAGAGACAACCAGAAUUUGGCUGGCACACGGGCAUGUUACUUCCCGGGAGCAAAAUGCAAAUUUCGUUUAUCAAAGACCUAGCUACUCUACGAAACCCCCGCUCUCACUUCACCUUCCUCAACUACUUACACCAGAAGGACCGUCUCAUCCAUUUCACGAACCUCUCUACCCAUUUGCCUUUCCGCGAAGAGUUCAAUGACUACAUGAAAUGGUGCGCGUCCCAUUUUAACGAUUGGGUCCAGUAUAAUCAAGAGGUAGUCAGUGUUACUGCUGUCGCAGCGACGCCCGGCUGGCCUGCCGAAUAUUUCAAACUGAUGGCCCGUGAUGUUCGUUCCGGGAAGCUUCGAGAGCUGGCUGCCAAGCACGUCAUUGUGGCGAGUGGAGGGGAACAAGCAAUUCCGCUGGGACUUUCUACGCAACCCCUACCCAAAACUGUUAUCCAUUCCUCUAUCUAUCUAUAUUCUGUACAAAAGCUUCUCCAAGAAAGAAAUGGUUCUUACCGUUUUGCCGUCGUUGGUGGGGGCCAGAGCGCAGUGGAAAUUUCCGAGGACAUACAAUCGAGAUAUCCCAAUUCUAAAGUCACCCUCAUUACGAAAGCUUCGGCACUAAAGCCCAGCGAUGACAGCCCAUUUGUCAAUGAAAUUUUCGACCCACGCAGUGUCGAUAAGUUUUAUUCUUUAAACCACUCAGCACGUCAACAGUCUCUUCUCGAGAACAAGGCAACCAACUACGGUGUUGUCCGACUGCCACUUCUAGAAUCAGUAUAUGGCAAGUUAUAUCGCCAGAAAGUCCUGGAUCCCAACCCUUCUAAUUGGCCACUUCGCCUGGUUACCAGCCGCGAGGUUGUGGGCUUGGAGGAAUUGCCAAACAAUCAGGUAGAGCUUCGGCUCAAGGACACACAAUCUGGGCAGGUCGAAUCCUCGGGCGAGGUAUAUGACUUAGUGGUUCUUGCUACGGGAUAUAAACGUAACCCAAUUGCUACGAUGCUCAAACCCUUGGUACAAAUUGUUGAGGCUCCAGCAAAUGGAGACAAAUUCCAAACAGAUCGGGACUAUCGGUUACGGUUUCACCAAGGAAAAAUCAAACGUGAUGCUGGUAUCUGGCUCCAGGGGUGUUGUGAAAGCAGCCAUGGUUUGAGCGACAGUCUUCUAUCAAUCCUUGCGGUACGCAGCAGCGAACUGCUUGAUUCUAUACUUGCUUGCAGUAAACGAGGUGCAGAUUACGCACGGCUUUAGAAAAUCGGUACCUAAUAUGACGUUCUGGAACCAGUUUUUAGAGGAAACACAUCAUUAGCUUUCGCAUAAAUUUUCCAUUCGGCGGUUGAUUUGUGAGAAAACGAGUGUUGGAGCGAAAAAUAUGUUGCCUCUUUUGUCAAAGAAACUACGGCGACCUGAAAACGCAUUAAUUAUUGAUGAUUCCUACCGCUUUUGUUUCGCGUUUGAACUUAAAAAAAAAAUUACAUAUACCGGGGGGCGUUAAUCGCACACAUUUAAAUGGGGCGGCUUGGAUGAACUUGAGCUCUUUUUCUUUCUUGUAUGCAGUGUCUUUUAUGUUAAUAUAGACAUGUAUAUUGCUUGCUAGAUGUUUUUUUUGUUUUAUUAAACCUUCCUAGCCUGUUAUUUUUCCUGCACUAUUUAUACAUCUAUAACUUAGGCUUAUUUACAUCCUCUACCUGAUCAUCCUCCUUCACCAAUGCUCUUCCAUGUGACAAUACGACCCUGUCACCAACCUUCACCACAAAUCUUACCUCUCGCAGUCUUUCGGCGUUUUGGUCUACGGCUGCUGCUCCUUUCCACAACCCCAUAUCCCACAUGAGGAUAUGCAGCCUAUCCCCCGGUUUAACGGGUGCUACGAACCUCGCUUCAAAGUCGCGAAGACGCCAGCCCUCACUACCGCAAAACCGAGAUAACACUUCUCUGGCUGCAACGUUCCAGCUGAAGAGUCCAUGCAUGAUUAUACCACCAUAUCCCAGCGCUUUCCCGGACUCCGGAGUGGCGUGAAGCGGGUUGUAGUCGCCGUUCAGUCUAAAUUCGUAGAAAAUGAUAGUGCUUAGAGACAUUACCUAAAAUACAACCAAGGCUCCAAGUGCUCAGGUAAAGAAGCAGCAAUAGGAUGUCUUACCGAUACAAAUGUGCAGAUUCUGUGUUAGUUUGGAAGGUUGACACUGCGUCUGGCUCUCUUGCUGGACUUGGAGGAGGGUACCCCUUAAUUUUCGGACCUGGAAGUUCUCUCAAUUAGUAAAAGCAAAGCUUUCUGUCAUCCAUGUAUCCGGCAUUCCACACCACACUGUAAAAGUAGAACCAAUGGGCCUUAGAAAUCUAGCAGAAAGAAAGAAAGAAACUGGAAAGGGGCAGCCUUCACCUCUCUCCCC